AUGUCGAGGAACAAAGAAGUUACGAGGACGAAGGGCAAAACGGGUGCUCAGACUGAGGAGAUCAGACCUAAUGGAUCUAAGCAUACCAGCUCAAAUCCAUCAUCGAAUCUGAACUAUGAUAGGGUACGACCGCUCACCGAAUUCCACCUCUUCCCAAGACUACCCACCGAGCUCCGCCUCAAAGUCUAUAAGUAUGUAAGUCUAGUUCCACGUAUCGUCUCUCUCGCAUUCAAACAGGACAAAGAACGUCUGGCCUUGUUUGGUCCAACUUACAAGGAUCCUGAGAUUGUCCACCGGAGGGUUAUAGCCUGCCCUCGAUCUCGCGUACCGCCCUUGAUGCACGUUCAUCAUGAGUCACGGCAGGAGUCCAUGCAAGUUUAUACCAAAGUGAUUAUUUCAAAUUCUGGACCCUGGAGAGGGGACUAUAUUUUCGUCAAUCAUCGGGUUGACACGUUACACAUGGGUGGGGAUAACGUUUGUCUUAGUGCCAUCAGAAACCUGCUCGACGUCACCAGUGGACAUAUCAUGCCCCGACUUUCGGUCGAUAUCAGUGGCUCUGAGCCCUUUUGCUGCACCUUUGGAUAUGGGUUGGGGAGUAGUCAUUCGACUAUUCUCCUAUAUCGGCUUCUUGGAAGCUACUGUACCCGUGAAGGUAGAACAUGUGAUCAGGUCAACAGCCUGGAGGAUCUUUCAUUCGUGGUCGGAUCACAUAUCACACAUCUAAAGCCGGAAGCAGUGAGCCACAACAGUUCUUUUCAUCCUGCGGUCACCAAUGGAGUCAGUGAUGGCGAAAUGAGCUGCAAAUUAACAUUGGAAGGCUGUAUCUCGCAAAUCAGAAAGGGGCUUAUUUCGCAACAUAGUCUCUUCCAUGGAGUGACUUUGCCGUCAAUCAAGUUUGUCAGCUUCGCGCCAAUUACUGAAGACAACGAUAGACGAGUCGUUGAGAUUGUGACAGCACAAGCGGCCGCGAUUCAAUGGCUGUAUCUCAAGAGACGAACUUUCUUCGAUUUGGGUUCGGUUAGCAGACUGGAGCGCCAGCAUCGUUGUGAGAUUAUCAUACCCAAAACAACUCCUUGGUAUACGGAGAAGGCCGAGAUUGCGAUAAAGGGCGCACAGGAGGACAUCGAGGAUUGUCGAGAAUCUCUCAGAUCUCUCUUGGUAGACUUGCAGGGAACUGAGUGGCAGAACAGGUGUUUUCACCCUCCCUCGAUGCUGGAAAUAUUCUGGAUUAUCUGUCGCGAAGUGUCUAUGGCGCUGUUUUUGACACUACUGUGGCAGCUUGGAAUUUUGCACGCCAUCCCUCACUACUGCGUAAAUGAACCAUGAUUUGGGCUGGCAGCUUAUUCUGGAGGUCCGAGAUCGUCGUUUUUUUGUUACCAUUGUAAGUAGUUUCGUUGACGGGAGUUUGGGGCAACAGUGGG